UCAACUUUGGUUAACAGACUGGCCGGAUAACGCGCUUUCAUGGCUGUUCUCAUGUCACAUUAGCAACUCCAAACAUGUCCAAAAGCUUGAAGAAGAAAAGUCACUGGACCAACAGGGUCCAUGAGGUUGUGUUGUCCAGGAGUCCGAGUGGUGAGCUCGGGUUCGAGCUGCAGGGAGGCGCGGAGAACGGACAGUUCCCUGUUAUUGGGGAGAUGAAACUGGACUGGAGCAAACUGAAUCAGGACGAGCUAUUGCUGGAAGUGAAUGAUACUCCAAUGGCCGGACUGACCAUCAGGGAUGUGUGGGCUGUGGUCAGACACUGCAAAGACCCCGUCCGUCUGAAGUGUGUCAAACAAGGAGGUGUCGUGGAUAAAGAUCUUAGACAGUAUCUCAACCUACGUUUCCAGAAAGGCUCACUGGAUCACGAGCUUCAGCAAAUAAUUCGGGACAACCUUUAUCUUCGCACCAUACCCUGUACAACCAGGCAGCCUAAAGAAGGAGAGGUUCCAGGAGUAGACUACAACUUUGUGACCUUUGAGCGGUUUGUGGAAUUGGAGAGAAGUGGAGCUUUGCUGGAAAGUGGAACUUAUGAAGAUAACUAUUACGGCACGCCUAAGCCCCCGGCAGAGCCUAGCCCACUUCUGCUGAAUGUAGCAGAGCAACUGUUGCCAGGCUCCACACCCAGAGCAGAGGGGAAGCGCAGACGCAACAAAUCCGUCAGCAACAUGGAGAAGGCUGGCAUCGAUCCUCCCGAAGAUGAAGAGGAGGAGAGGCCCAUUGUCAAUGGCAACGGAAUGGCCAUCACCCCAGAGUCCAGUGAGCAUGAAGACAAGAAUACAGAUCUUUCUGGAGAGAUGCCCUCCACAAGCCCCCCAGAGACCCCCACAGAUGCCCCUAAAGAAGAAGCUGAACCCCCCAAAUCUCCCCCCAAACCAGAUGAGAAUGAUGAUAUGGGUCCUCUCCCUGAUAACUGGGAGAUGGCUUACACAGAGAAAGGAGAGGUGUACUUUAUAGACCACAAUACAAAGACUACAUCGUGGUUGGACCCCCGGCUCGCAAAGAAAGCGAAGCCCCCUGAAGAAUGCAAAGAGAACGAGCUUCCUUAUGGCUGGGAGAAAAUCGAUGACCCUAUUUAUGGAACCUACUACGUUGAUCACAUAAACCGAAGGACUCAGUUUGAAAACCCUGUUUUAGAGGCCAAGAGAAGACUACAACAGGAACAGCAGAUGCAGAGUCAAGGCCUAUCGUCUCUCCCCCUGCCUGCUGUCUACAGAGAAAAGCCUCGAUUCACACGGGACCCCACACAGCUGAAGGGCAGCUUCCUUUCGACAGCUCUGCAGAAAAGCAACAUGGGAUUUGGCUUCACCAUCAUUGGCGGUGACGAACCAGAUGAGUUCCUACAGGUCAAAAGUGUCAUACCAGAUGGGCCUGCAGCACAGGAUGGGAAAAUGGCUACAGGAGAUGUAAUCGUCUACAUCAAUGACGUUUGUGUCUUGGGCACCACCCACGCCGACGUGGUGAAACUUUUCCAGUCAGUCCCGAUUGGUCAGAGCGUAACCCUUGUCCUGUGCAGGGGUUACCCUCUUCCUUACGACCCUGAGGACAUAGCCAGCACCCUCCUAUCCCCUCUCGGGCUCAUUGAGCGCCCUCUACUGGUCAACGGUCGAAACAGCUAUGACAGCUACAUGGAAUACAUCUCCCGUACGGCUCGCUUCAUUGACCCCCUUCAAACGACGUUGGGACAGCCACACCCUGGAGACACCCACCUGGAUACCGGACUGCUCAAGGACAGCAUCUCCAUGGCCUCGUCGGGAAUGGCUGGAGGAGAGCUGCUGACGGUUACCAUGGUGAAAGGGGCGGAUGGUUUUGGAUUCACCAUAGAAGACAGCAAUGGAGGGCAGAGGGUAAAGCAGAUUCUAGAGGCGCAGGGAUGCCCGGGGCUGUGCGAGAGCGAUCUCAUUGUGGAGAUUAACCAGCAACCUGCGUUAACACUGUCACACACACAAGUGGUGGAGCUGCUGAAGGAGUGUCCGGUUGGAGCAGAGGCCACGCUGGUCAUACAGAGGGGAGGGACAGGUCAUUUUUCUCCUUGGAAAACCUCUAAACAGGUUUUGGAGCAUUGGGAUACUCACAGCAGUCCCACGACCAGUCUAUCUAUCCAUGCUCUUCCCCACAGUGCUCCGUAUCUACACUGGCCCUCAGGUCCAGAGUUUGACAUGGGCAAGCCUGACCCCUAUUACCUGUAUGAGAAGUCCAGGGCUAUCUAUGAGAAUAGGCAGCCAGGACUUCCUCGAAUGGCCCUCCCUCAAGACCCCUCAGCGGCUGAGUUCCAUGAGGUGGAGGUACAUCUGCGCAGAUACAAAUCCGGGUUCGGCUUCAGGAUUCUGGGUGGGGAGGAACCAGGACAGCCUAUCCUGAUUGGUGCAAUCAUCGAGAAGAGCCCAGCAGAUAAAGAUGGGCGUCUCCGGCCUGGGGACGAGCUGAUGUCGGUCGAUGGAAUCCCUGUGGCAGGAAAACCUCACCGUUAUGUCAUAGAACUGAUGCAUGGAGCAGCCCGGAACGGCCAGGUCAAACUCACUGUGCGACGGGGAGUUCAGCCCACAGGUGAACCCUUUCCUGAGAACGGCCGCAGUCCUGGAUCUACCCAGCACAGCUCCCCAAGGAGUGACUUCAACUCCAGAAUUUUCUCUAAUAACUCUGCCCUAUCCCAGAACUCCGCCCCAUCCACCAUAGGUUCCUCCCCACCAGACACAGGAGCUAAUCAGAAUCACCAGACAAGUGAUGUCACCAUCCAGCGCAAGGAGACCGAAGGAUUCGGAUUUGUUAUUAUCAGUUCAUUGAACAGACCUGAAACUGCACCUGCUGCUGAUGUGCCUCAUAAGAUUGGGCGAAUCAUUGAGGGAAGUCCAGCAGACCACAGUGGGAAACUGAAAGUUGGAGAUCGCAUAUUAGCUGUCAACAAUCAGUCUAUCGUUAACAUGCCGCACGCGGACAUCGUCAAACUGAUCAAGGACGCCGGACUCAGUGUGACACUCAGGAUCAUCCCUCAGGAUGAGAUGAACAGCACACCCUCUGCAGGCAGCUCAGAGAAACAGAGCCCAAUGGCUCAGCCCAGUCCAGUGUGCCAAUCCAACACUGUGAACCAGACCAAUUCUGCUCCUCUACUCAACUCCACCCCUCAAUCUAACUCUGCACCUCAGCCUAACUCAGAAGCACAACACAGCCCUGCCACUCAAGCCAGUCCAGCCAAUCAGCCCAGCUCAGUGACCCAGCAAAACAUGCCCACCCAGCCCUCAACUGUGCCAAUACAGAUCUACAGCCAUGACAGUGGCUACAGGUCAGAAGUGAAAGCAAGACAGGAUGUAAAACCCGAUAUUCGACAGCCGUUCACUGAUUACCGUCAACCCCCAGUGGACUACAGACACCCUCCUGUUGCAGACUACAGACAGCCACCCACACUUGAUUACAGGCACCCUCCACUGCUGGACUACAGACAGCUGUCCACUGACCCACGCACCUUUCCCUUACCAGACUACCGGAUGCCACAGGAUUUUGAUUUCUUUACGGUUGAGUUGGAAAAGGGUAUGAAAGGUUUUGGCUUCAGUAUCCGUGGAGGUCACGAGUAUAAGAUGGACCUGUUUGUUCUGCGAUUGGCCGAAGAUGGACCAGCUAUACGUAACGGGAGAAUGAGGGUUGGUGAUCAAAUCAUUGAGAUAAAUGGGGAGAGCACGAGAGAUAUGACCCAUGCUCACGCUAUUGAGCUCAUCAAAUCAGGUGGCCGCAGGGUUCGUCUGCUACUCAAGAGAGGCACAGGGCAGGUCCCUGAGUAUGAUAGUCCCACACCCUGGGAUGCUCGCACUACAGCCUCCCCAAGUCUGUCGGAAGUAGCACCACCCCUCGACAGCUUGUCAAAUCCAUCAGCUUCUCAUGUGAACCCUCCCCCUGACCCACCUCAUACAUCGUCCUUGGAAGCAAAAGUUCCCAACAGUUCCCAAGGUCCUAGAGGCUCAGAGAGUAGAGCUCUGGAGCAGGCCAGCAUGGGGAAGAAGUCAGGCCUAGCAGGCAGAGGUGGGACCAAGCACAGGGAGGGUGGUAGGACCAACCGUUGCUCUAGUGAAGGGAAAGGUCGCCAACAUCAUGACCGUGAUGAACUUCUGGAAGAAUCUUACGAGUCUAAACCCCUGAAAAGCAGUCGGGCGAAGUCCAAGGAGCGCAGGAGGGAAAGGAGCAACACGCCUUCUCGAAAACGAGAGUCCCCCAAAAGUCUCCAACCAGACACCAAUAUCAAUGGGGGGAAUGGAAACCCUGAAGGUAGUGGCAACCAGCAAGGGGCUGCGGUGCAACUCAAAGCCCUACCGAAGGAACCAGUGAAGGGUCAUGUCGAGAGUCGUCCUGACCGCAACUCCAAGAACAGCAGCAAUCCACCAAGCAGGAAGGCCACAGUUUCCCCAGGACCUUGGAAGAUCCCAGGUUCAGAAAAGCUACCCAGCACCCUACGCUCAGCCAACUCCACUAUCAGCAGAUAACAUCUCACCCCAAUCAAAUGCCCUUCUCCUGGCUUGAUCUUGAUUUUUGCCUUGACUUCGUAGGCCUGCUCUUUUGGACCAACUUCUGGCCAUGAUUCACCUUGUUUUUUUCAGCCUGGUUAGGCUUGGGUUCUGCUUGAUUACUCUACUUGGUAGAGCUAGGUUUUAACCUUGUGUGACCAAGCACUACCCCUUCCCACAACCCUCACUAAAGACUUUCCCAUGCAUUUCUAGACAGAGCAUUUUUUAUUUAUAUUUUAUUCUAAAUUAUUUUAAGAUAUAUGACACCCACCACCUUAAGAACUGGAAGCAUUCACUCCAAAAUGGAACUGUGGUAGAAUGAGUAAUGCAUUUAAUGUGCAAUAAACCCCAGACCGGUUUGAACUGUUGGGGGAAAGCACUCAGACAUACAGACUUACAUGCACAAGAGAACCACUUACUAACUAGACCACCACUGGUGGCCACAUACAUUUUUAUACACUUUCAUUAAAAAAUGAAGAAUAUAAAGGAGUUUGCUUGACAUUUUUUGUGUAUUUGAAGAAUGAAAAUGGAAAAAAAAAAAAAAUUCUAUAUAAUGGACAUUCAACAAUAGAACUCUGCCUUAAAUAAAGACUCUAUUGACCUGCAGAUGUCUGUAACAAAGGUCAGUAAAAUGAAUAUAGAAAUAGAUAUAUUAUAUGACUACAUACAGUAUAUAUAUAUUGUAAAUAUGGUCUUUAUACACCCAUGUGAGCCCAUUCUGGAGUGUUGACAUCAAACACAGUGUUAAUUAGAAGAGUAUAAACUACAAUGAAUUUUCCGUUCCAAUAUUAAGGUGCUUUUACACUGAAAGUGAUGUAAAUCGCUGCACUGUUGGUUGGUAAUAGUCAUUCUUAUUUGCAGUGUACCAGGAGGUGGGUCUCAUGAGCUUCACUGUCUGAACUUUUAAUGGUAGUUUCCACGUCAAGUUGAUCUCUGCUCAACUUUGUUGCAGUAUCAACAGUCGCUGCUGCUCAUGUCGCCUCAAAUCGGCAACUAUCACUGAAAAUUUAUGACUUAUUGUUUUAUCACUUUCUUAUGGUAAAUCGCCAUGUGAACGCCUCUCAAGGCCUGUGAUUGGCCAGCUGCUUUGUCAAGCCCAAAGUAUACUUCAGUUAUACGAAAAUGCUAAGUGUGGGCAUACAGAAUUUGUGAUGUAAAUUUCAUUAACAGAGUUCUCGAGCACUGAAUUUGUGCAUCCAGAUUUUUUUAACCGUGCAUUCUGAAUGCAAAAUGUGCACAUGUACCUGGAUUUAUUUGCAAUAAUUAGUGAAUCCACAAGGUGGCAACACUCACAACUGAGCCGUUGCUGUCAUGAGGAAGUGCCAGAUGAUGUAUUCGCUAGUAAACAACAGGAGAUGAAGGUUGAAGGUGGCGUGUGAGAGUAGGUCAGAAGAUACCUGCAUUUGUAUAACUUGAGUCUGAAGGACUAUAAAGACAUCUUUAUGGGUCUAACCUCCUGAAGAAACUGUCCAGAUUCUCAUAGCAGUCUUAGUGAACAAACGUCAACCGCCUGUGGAUGCACGCAAAGUCAAAUGGAGUAUACUUUGAAAGGCUGGAGUGUUAGACUGUAUGCAUACACCAAGCGAUUCAUGUCAGAACCGAAAUAUACUUUGGGCUUCAGGCUCUCAAAGAGCCAAUGGGCUUUGACUAUCUCUUGACUCAGUCAUCACUGGCUUGAUCUAUUCUCCCUUUACUUGUCUAUACAUAACAAAGCAAUUAGAAAGGUUAGAGGUGGUUUAAAUGAAACACAAAAUGGUUUUGAUUGGGGCAGAGUGCCUUAUGUAGACAGUUUAAAGCUUUAUUUGAGUAUUUAGCUACAUUCUAGGCAACAACUUCACGACUGAAAAAGGUAUAUACUGUACAUACCUGUUGGAAAGUCCAGUUUAAGCUGGUAGCUGUUUUUUGGAACAUGGUUGCUGGUUUUUAGCUGGUCUUAGCUGGUUAUUAGCUGCUCCAAGAUGGUUCAAAAUGGUCAUUAGGUGCACCAAGCUGGGAGACCAUUUUGGACCAGCAACAAACCAGCCACCAGAUGGUCAUACCAGCUCAAGUUGGUCAAGCUGUUUUUUUGAACGUGGUAGCUAGUCGACCAGCUAAGGUCUGGCUUGGACCAGCAAGAAAUCAGCUACUAUGUUCCAAAACACAGUUACCAGCUGUAGCUGGAUUGCCUGCAGGACUUAAUUUUAUUCAGUGGCAAAAAAAAAGUGCCAGGACUGGAUAAGCUUGUUGUCAUAUCCCCAACUUUGAAUGCCAUUGGUCUCCAGUUCAACUGUGAGGCUCUUUUUUUUAAAUUCACAGUAUAGAUGUAUCAAUAAAACAAUGAAAUGCUAUUUUCCUAAAUAGAUAGAGGUGCUAGUCUAUUAAGAGAAGUGCAGAUAUUUAUUAAUGAUAUCUCUGAGUGGAGACAGGAGUUCAAGUGUUUGUUCAGCACUUUGUCUAUAAGUAGAUAGUCAGUAGCUGUGAUUAUUACAUAUAAAGGCAGAACUGGUAAGAAUAAUGCUGUAGAUCCAUGAUAUUCAUUGGAUGUUUUUUUUAAUUAAUCAACACACAUGAUAAAGGUAACCAUGCAUUAUUUUUAUCUGGAAAUGUUCUGAAAUGCUUUUGACGUGUCGUACAAUCCAUAUAGAUGUGCACCGCCCACUUAAUGAUACAUCGCGUGAAUUGUCUGGUAAUCACUGGGUGCACUUCAAAGGUCAGCAGUAACUCUGUGCAUCACAUAACAAUGCUUCAUAUGUGAAGGUACUGUAGUUUGACACUCCCAGCUCAGUGCAUUCUGGAACAUUGACACGAAUCAUGUGAAAGGGCCUUUGAAGUGCAACCAAAAUGUUUGAAAAUCUAAUUUUUCCAAGUUACAUUGCCAUUGGUCAUUAACUCAUACACCAUUUUGGUUGCACUUAAAAAGGUCAAACACUUCAAGACACCAAAAUUGCUUCAUUGUGUAUUCAUAAUCAAAAGAUUGCAGUAUAGUCCAAAAUGAUGUGAAAUGUUUCACUUCUUUGAUAAUUGUGUUUAUGUGAAUGACUUUAAUUUAUGCGUGUCAACUCAUCAACUUUACUUUAAAGUUCUUCUGCAAAGCACCCAAGACAAGACUGUUCUCUCCAUUGUUAUAACACCAUAUCUAUUAUAUUCAUCUCCCACAGAAAUAAAGCAUUGACUGGUUCCACUGAUGCACUUUGACAAAUUUUUGUAGAUGACAAGGAGAGCCAACAAUAAUCUAGUCAUUACAAGAUAGUGCAAACUUUUCCCCGAUAAAGACAAACUAAUUGAAGCACGCCAAAUGUGAUUGUGCCUUUGUGGCUUGGCUAUUACAUUCUCUGUAAUAUUUUUCAUUCACUUCCUUAAAAACCAUAGACAGGCAUUGUCGAAGUAAAUGUAUUUUCCAUAGAGCCCCGGCAAAGACAUAAUAAAUAAAUAAGAUAGAUAAUUCCAUAUGCAGCUAUGAUACCUGUCCAUAGAGCUAUAGACAUGAACUGUGGAAUUUUGCUUAAAGUAUACAUUUUUUAGAGUCUUUUUAAAGCAUCUUAAGGCCAGAAACAUAUGCUUGUACACAAAUGCAUAUGCAAAUGGUCGGCCAGCACGUUGAAAGCGUCCAAUCCUGUUGUUGUCCCAUACUUAAAGGGAUAGUAUGCAAAAUAAAAAUUCUCUCAUUUCCUCACCCUCAUGCCAUCCCGGAUGUGUGACUUUCUUUAUUCUGCUGAACACAAAAGAUGAUUUUUAGAAAAAUAUCUCAGCUCUGUAGGUCCAUACAAUGUAAGUGAAUGGUGACCAGAACAUUUAAGGUCUAAAAAGCACAUUAAGGCAGCUUAAAAGUCAUUCAUAUGACUCCAGUGGUUAAAUCCAUGUCUUCAGAAGUGAUUUGAUAGGUGUGGGUGAAAAACAGAUCAAUAUUUAAGUCCUUUUUUUACUAUAAAUCUCCACUUUCACUUUCUUCAUCUUUUGCUUUUGGUAAUUUGCAUUCUUUGUAUCGCCACCUAUGGGGGAGGGAGGAGAAUUGAUUGUAAAAUGGACUGAAAUAUGGAUCUGUUUCACACACACACACACACACACACACACACACCUAUCAUAUUGCUUCAGAAGACAUGAAUUAAACCACUUCAGUCAUAUGGAUUAUGCUUCAUUUAUGUGCUUUUUGGACCUUCAAAGACCAUUUACAUGCAUUGUAUGGACCUACAGAGCGGAGAUUUUCUUCUAAACAUCUUUAUGUUCAGCAGAAGAAAGUCAAACACAUCUGGGAUGGCAUGAUGGUGAGUAAAUGAUGAGAGACUUCUCAUUUUGGGGUGAACUAUCCUUUAAUGUCCAUUCUUGCAUUACUGUGGCGAGAUACCUUCAAAUAUUUGUGCCAUUAAAGUGGAUUUGAUAUUAUUCAGGCAGCUAGCUAUAAGCAUGUCGACAGUUUAACUAUCUUUGACAUUAAAAAAAUGUUGAAUUAUGAACUGUGUUCUGACACAUUUUGAAAUGCAAUGACGGGGAAUCAAGCUUUCUUAUCUAGAAGCAUUUGUAUUUACAUAUUAGAGUAUGCUUCUGGCUUUAAGGUUUUUGUUAUCAUUAUGUAAGUCAGUCAAUUGAUACUGACUUCAAGUCUGUGUUGUCUUGACUGAGUUUGGCAAAUGCUACAGAGACUUUACAGAAAUGAUUUGAAACAAGAAGAUUUAUUGGUGGAGACGGUGCAAUGACAUGCCCAUCAGGGGCUCUGUAUCACUGUGUAGAACUUUAAGAACAGUGCAGUUCACUCUGUACAGCUGAAAAUAUAAAGUCAACAUUAUGUAUUAUGACUGUCAAAAAAUAUAAUUUUUUAUUAAAUGCAAUUCAAUGGGUAUAUAAAGACAGUACUUACUUUUGCAGAGCUCUUGUUUACUGUAUGAUAUUUACUGAAAUACUGUCAAAUUAAACCUUCACAUGGUGUAAAGUAUUCAAGUAAAGUG